UUUGGCGUUAUUUCGUGUCUAUUAUGUGGAAAAUUAUAUUAGUGAAAAUGAGGAAACUAGGAAAACGGGAAAACGCUGUAUUUACUCGAAUUUCAACAUCGUAGGACGGAAAUUUAGAGUAUUAAUUUCGCCAAUCGGCAGAUUUUGCGGGGGAACUUGAAAUUUUGUUCACGGUUACUGUUUGUUGGAUCUAUUACCAAGAAAGAAUUGAAGUUUGCAAACAUCUUUAUUUUAUGAUCGCUUCACUGUCACCAAUCAACAUUUAACCCUAAGGUAAAUUUUUCUAAAUUUUCUGUUGCUUUCACGAUUUACAUUACAGCUUCCCGAGUCUCGAUUUAGAUAACAAUUUUACGAUUAAAUUAACGAUAUGAACACGGAUGUUUGUCAAGAUAAUGUACCAAGAUUUGAAAAACUAGCGAAACCAAGAAAAAGAAUCGAUAAAACCAGUAACUACAAUGCCUUCAAUGUAAAACGUGGAGCAUUAUCUUAUCAAAUUACGGAUUCGUUAAACAAAUUAGCCCAACCUAAACGAAAACCAGGCACAAACGUGUCUAAUAUAUCCAACUUUAGCGUUAAAAGCUCUCCCAUAAAUACAGUGAAACAAGGACAUCAUAAAUUGAUAAAUAGCAGCGAACAAUCGAAGGACGCGCAAGAAUCGAGGAAGAAGAGAUUUUUACUGGAUACUUAUGCUCGUAUCACUGCGGCUAGGAAUAAAGGAUGUUCAAAACGAUUGCAUGAACUCGCGAAACCGAAAAAUUGCAUGAUUCGUACCGAGCCAUACGACGAUUUCGAGAAUUACUUGCAAAUGAUGAAAAAAUGCAACGCGAAAUCCGCGUUUCAGGAAAAAAGAUAACUCAUAAUCCAUAAACGAUGUAAUAUAAAAUAAAGAACGUCUAUAAAAUGUCUCGAUAUUUACUAAUUUCUAUUUAACACGGACAUUUGCGUCGGCGAAAAACAAACGAAGGCUUGAUCUCUUUUAAAACGUGGCAGCCUCGGUUCACGUAACACGGAUACAAUAAAGUCGCAUAAAAUGAAAUAGCUAUAUCGAAAAUGAGAAAUUUAACGCAAAAUCGUAACGCACAACGAAAAGUAUCAUCGUUAACCAUCUUAAUAUUCUCUUCUUCGUUGGUAAAUUGAUGAAACAUUUAACCUGUACAAUGAGCUAAAUUCGCAAAGGUGUCGUUGAUAAAGAAGUUUAUUUUCUAUUAUUCUCUCGAAUCUAAUCCCAUGUUAUGAAGCAUUCGUGUAGAGAUUAGAAACUAGUUCUGAAAAGUUGUAAAAAAUGGCUGUAAAAGUAAAAAAACCCGUAAGGAGCACGGUUUCGAGGAAAGGUCAAAUUACGAAGGAAACGAAGGAAACAACAAGAAGCGGAUCCCCUAGAGCAGCAGCUGGCAGAUUAAGAAAAGUAGAUAAGUC